UUUGUAUAAUUAUUAAAAAAUGUCUGAACAAGUUAGAAAGCUAUUGAAGGCCAAAAGAGGGCAAGAUUCUGACUCCCCAAGAGAUAUCUACCCUACCUCACAAUACCCUAAAGACCUCUCUAAAUUCAUUAAUAAAAAGAAGUACUCUGAUAUUAAGCUGGUGAUUCAGCGAAGGCAUGUGAUCAGAGCUCAUAAGAUCAUCCUGGCCAAAUGAGAGUUCUUUGAUGCAAUGUUUUCCUCAAAUAUGAAGGAGAAGAACCACAAGGUGUUCUUUAUAGAUGACGUUUCCUUCCCUAUUAUGGUCCAGUUGAUCAAGUUCUUAUAUACUGAUGGCUGUGAUGUGACACUGGACAAUGUAAUGAAUUUGUUCAAAGCUGCUGAUAUAUAUGGAAUUAAAUAAGCUCAAAUAUAUUUGUGAGCAAACUCUUAUCAAUAACAUCUGCAUUGAGAAUGCAGCUAAUACUUUUAGCGAGGCGGACCGGCACUACACUGACCGGUUGAGGGAUGUCAGCCUUAAGUAUAUCCUCCAAAACUUUGAUCCAGUAACAAAGACGCAAGGGUUCGAGAAUUUGGUCAGGCACCAUCCUGAUUUAGUCAUCGAGGUACUGAGAAAUCGGAAGAUUUAGUCAGCAAAUAUUUCAAUCCUACCUUCUCUCA